GGGUGUGGUGGUUGAAUGGAUGUGUGUGAAUGCGCGUGUGUGAGAGAUUUUUCUCUCUCUCUCAUGACUGAGAGCUGCAGAUCCGCUUCACAGCAUCUUUCAGCGGGCGGACUGGAAGAUGCGCAGGUCGGCAUGUCGCGCUGCUCCCGGAUCUCCGCAGUCAUGACGGCCGGAGGAAGAUGGGUGAACUGACUUGUGUCAUUCCUGGCGUUGUUGGGUUUGUUUUUUCUUUCCACCGAGUGAAUCUGAACGUGCUGCGGGACUGAAAUGGACCGUGAAAGACACUGAGCGACAGUUUGUGUUUGAGGGCUAAAAUUGGACAAUAAGCAAAGGGAAUCAGAAAGAGGGGGGUCUCACAAUUUGCAAUGGUAAUUUUUCUGUCUCUAUUUUUAGCCACAAUUUCUUUUCUCCAUUGUGACAUGACCACGAAGCCAUAUUGAAGGCCUUUUUCAUGAUUUUUCAUGGACAAUUGCUGUAUUCUCUAAUUUGGAAUAUAUUGACCUAAUUCCAAGAAGCCAAUCAUGUCUAAAAAUAAGAGCAGUGAGUCAGUGAAGGUGGUAGUUCGGUGCCGUCCGUUGAGCCGGAAAGAGGAAUCCAAUGGACCUGCUGGGGGGAUUGUGCAGAUGGAUCUACGGCUCGGACAGGUGAUCCUCAGAAACCCCCGGGCGCCACCAAGCGAGCCCCAAAAAACAUUUACAUUUGAUGCAGUAUAUGAUUCAAGCUCCAAACAGAGAGACCUGUACGACGAAAGCGUCCGUCCACUGAUAGAUUCGGUUCUUGCAGGCUUCAAUGGCACCAUCUUUGCCUACGGGCAGACCGGAACUGGAAAGACCUACACCAUGCAGGGAUUGUGGCUGGACCCAGAGAAGCAAGGUGUGAUCCCUAACGCUUUUGACCACAUCUUCACACACAUUUCCCGCUCACAGUCCGACAAGCAGUAUCUGGUGCGGGCGUCCUACCUUGAGAUCUACCUAGAGGAGAUCCGUGACCUCCUUGAUCCCAACCACAGCAACACCAGAGGACUUGAGCUCAGAGAGAGUCCGGAGACAGGCGUUUAUGUUCAAGAUCUCACAUCUUGCGUGUGCAAAAGUAUCAAGGAGAUUGAGGAGGUAAUGAAUGUGGGCAAUCAGGCCAGGGCAGUUGGAGCAACGGACAUGAACGAACAUUCAUCAAGGUCCCAUGCCUUGUUUCUGAUCACUGUGGAAUGCAGUCAGCCUGGACCGGAUGGGAGGAAACAUAUUAGAGUGGGACGCCUUAAUUUGGUGGACCUGGCUGGCAGUGAGCGGCAAGCUAAGACAGGAGUCCAGGGUGACCGCCUUAAGGAAGCCGCUAAGAUCAACCUAUCUCUAUCAGCUCUGGGGAAUGUCAUCUCAGCUUUGGCCGAUGGACGUAGCAGCCACGUGCCGUACCGGGACUCCAAGCUGACCCGGCUGUUGCAGGACUCUUUGGGUGGCAAUGCCAAGACGGUCAUGGUUGCAACUCUUGGCCCAGCUCCCCAGCAUUACGAUGAGACUCUCACCACCCUUCGUUAUGCCAAUCGUGCAAAGAACAUCCAGAACCAGCCCCGGGUCAACGAGGACCCCAAAGAUGCUCUUCUCCGUGAGUUCCAGAAGGAGAUCGCUCGUCUCAGGGCGCAGCUCAACCACAGGAGGUUUAGGACCAAACAGAAGAAGGAGCAGGUAGAUGGAGAGGCUUGGGAAAGAGAUGGGGAUGAAGAGGAGGAGGAGGUUGAGGAAGAAGAGGUGGAAAAAGAAGCAGAAGAAUUUGUGAAGCUGGAGGAACAAAGAUUGGAGUUGGAGAAUGAAGCCAUUAGAGAGGAUCAAUUCCUGUUGGCAGAGGAGAAGCAGAAGCUCCUGGGGGAGAACGAGAAGAUGAUGGGGGAUCUGAGGAAGAGGCAGGAAGCCACCGAACAGCUGACUGCCAGAUAUAAGGCGAUGGAGAGCAAGCUGCUGGUUGGAGGGAAGAACAUCAUCGAUCACACCAACGAGCAGCAGAAGAUGCUGGAGAUGAAAAGGCAGGAGAUCGCUGAGCAGACACGGAGGGAGCGGGAGAUGCAGCAGCAGAUGUUGAUCCAGGAUGAGGAGGCGGUGGAGCUGAGGGAGACUUUCACAUCCCUGCAACAAGAAGUCGAGGCCAAGACCAAGAAACUCAAGAAGCUGUACGCCAAGCUCCAGUGCACCAAGGCGGAGAUCAAGGACGUGAACGACGAGCACGUGAGGAGCCGGCAGGAGCUGGAGCAAACGCAGAACGAGCUCACCAGAGAGCUCAAGUUCAAGUAUCUGAUCAUAGAGAACUUCAUUCCUCCAGAGGAGAAGAAUAAAAUCAUGAACAGGUUGAUGUUUGACCCAGAGGAGGAUGAGUGGAAGUUCAAGCCUCUUGUUCCAGAUGAAAGUAAAUCCUCACAGAUGAAGAAAAGACCGGCGUCUGCAGUCGGAUACAAGCGACCAAUCAGCCAAUACGCCCGGGUAGCGCUGUCGAUGGGAACUCACUCCAGAUACAGGGCUGAGAACAUCAUGUUGCUGGAGCUGGACAUGACUCCUCCAAACACCUCAGCUCUGACGGACGGGGAGCAGAACCAGAGUCCUACCCUGAACAACUCUCCCACCCACGACAAGGGAAUCUGCAAGUCUCGCUCUUGGUACCAGAGCCAAAAAUCCAUCACUUCUUCUUCUUCUAAUAAUUCCUUGGCUGGCUGUCAGAUGGCCGCGCCCGCAGCCGCAAUGUAAAGCUUUGUUACAAAUAGUUUUUUUUAAUUAUUAUUAUUUAUUUGAUUUCUUCACUUGUUUUGGCCCGUUUGCGGUUUUAAAGACCUUCGGUUGACGCCGGGACACAAACACACACCAUCACCUCUGCUGCCUCCAAAGAAGGCAUAAAACAGGAAGCUAACAGACCGGAUGAACCUCAGAGACUCCGUGAGACUUCACUCCUGCAGCUCGUUUAGGAUCAGACUGUCCCUUUCUUAUGCAUGUUUCCAUCAAAGAUGUUUUUAUUAUUGACAUUUUCAAAGAGAAAAAACAGAAAAAUGGAAGAGACAAGAUUAAGAUCUCAGUAAAAUACUGAGAUAUCUAUACAUAUUUCAUCUAUUCAGGGGAUUUCUAGGUUAGCUUUGGUCUGUUUUAUGUGUAAAGGGAAGACUUUAACAAUUAGGAACAUUUUGUCUGUGUUGGCUUUUGGAUGUGACUGCAGUAAAAAUAAUAAUAAUGAUGUUGUUGGUCAGAUGUGGUCCUGAAACCUGAAUGAUGACCUUUAUCAUCCCUGUCCAUUCCUCUGUCUUUCUGUGUCUAAUUUGACUCAAAUGUCUUGAAAAAAUAUAUAAUUAAAGUGCAGAAUGUGA